AUGCGUGGAAUUAAAGGCCUAAUCUGGGAGCCUUCCAUCCUCGACGCAGAUCUUGGAAUUAAAUACCGCGGCCUGUCUAUCCCCGACUGCCAGCGCCUCCUCCCCUCCGCGAUACCCGGCGGCGAGCCGCUUCCCGAGGCGCUCUUAUGGCUCCUCAUCACGGGGGAGGUUCCGACGUCGCUUCAGGCGGCGUCUAUCACGGAGGAGCUGAGGCUGCGCGCGGCGAAUGUGCCAGAUCACGUGUUCACGGUGCUUCGUUCCCUCCCGAAGCAUCUCCACCCAAUGUCGCAGCUGUCUAUUGGUGUAACGGCUCUUCAGUCCACCAGCGAGUUUGCCAAGGCUUAUUCUUCCGGCUCCGUGCACAAGACUCGUUACUGGGAGCCCGUGUACGAGGACACGAUGAACCUUAUAGCGGGGAUACCGGUGAUCGCGGCGUUUAUCUACCGCCGAGUGUUCAAGGAUGGGCGUAUGAUACCGGCUGACCCCACCCUCGAUUACGCCGCGAAUUUUGCGCACAUGCUUGGAUUCGACGACCCUGGGUUUUACGAGCUCAUGCGCCUUUAUUUGACGAUUCACGCGGAUCAUGAGGGCGGGAAUGUCAGCGCGCACACCACGCAUCUCGUCGGCACGGCUCUUUCCGAUCCGUACCUGGCGUAUGCUGCGGGGCUGAAUGGUCUGGCGGGCCCGCUGCACGGGCUGGCCAAUCAGGAAGUGCUGAAUUGGCUUCACGAGGUUCGCGAAGAGCUCGGCGAAACCCCGACGAAGGAGCAGCUGGAGGGGUUCGUUUGGAAGACGCUCAAGGCGGGGAAAGUGGUGCCCGACGCUAUGGACAUAGACGCCGACUCGACCCGCAAUGCAACGGCGAUGUGUCCACCAGAUCCCGCGGCACCAAACGCGGACGAUUUGUCGUCUCCGCAAACAGCGACGGCGCGCGAGCAACGAGAGCCACAGGAGGCGGACGACGCGGCAGAUACAGGAUGUCCGGAGCGCGAGAGCCCGAGCCGCAGCAGCGAAGAAGACCUGGUCGUGUCGCUGACGCGGCGCGGGGAGGAAGGGACACAGCGAUUGGUCGAAGCCGCGGAAGGCGUGCUGUCCACGCUGAACCUCGUCAUGUGCAACGGCGCCUUCUGGGAAGCUUCUUCCGAAACAGCAGGCGCUGGCAGUGCAAGCUCUGAGCAGCAGCUGCAUCAGCAAGAGCAGCAGCAGCGGCGGACCUCGGGAUUGCCGCCGGAUGCGGCAGCAGCCGCCAUUGAAAUGGCUCACCUUCGCUAUAAGAACAUCUCGUCAGAGCUCCGGUCCCUGCUUCUGCGGCUGCAGGAAGAGAUGGAGAAAGGGACAAAGCAGGCCGGCCGGCCAGGGAACGACAGGGAAGGAACUCAACAGGGCCCUGACCCAGGGCUUUCUGCACCUGAUGCUGCACAUGACCACGCAGCACCUGAAGAAGCUCCUGAAGCGGCACCUGAGGCGCUUGCAGCACACGAGUCGCCGUCAGUAGAGGAGUUGACUGCACGAGCAGCGACCCUGAGAAAGCAAAUCAAGAGGUGUAACGUGCGACUGAGGGCAGCAAUGGAGGCCCUGAGGGGGAUUCUGGAUGACGUCACUCUGUUUCAGGCACCCCAGCUGCUUCUGCUCUCGCAAUCCUGA